AUGCUUGCCAUACUGCAGGAUGGAGACCAGCCGUCAGCGAUACCGGAAAGGAGGGUUGAAGCCCAAGUCGCUUCUCCAGAGCCACCGCCGGCCGUACCUACUUCGCUUGUCGCUACUGUGAAAUCGCUCGCAGAGGAGAUUCAGAAUUUGAAGGCAACUCAGCAACAGGCCCUUGCCCGGAAAACCGAACAAGAGGUGAAGCUGGAAGAAGAUUUGCGGAAACUCGAGAAGCAUCUUCUCUACACCCAUCCUCUAACGAGCGCUGCUGCGACGGCUGCGGCAAACAGAACUUCCGUGCUCCUGGAGCAGUUUCUUUUUGGAGCGUCCAACGGUUUACGAACGAGCAAAACGCAGUUCGGUCCCGGGACAGGACUGAACCCGUGGCCAGCUGAAGCUGUCCCAGAAUCUAGCAAUCCACCGACGGCGCAGGCGAUCCUCACCUUGGCCGAAAAGCAACUUGCUGGUGUCGUUGCGGCGUCGAACUCCACAGUCAAGGAGCUGAAUUGCGAAGUGCAGGUUCGUCCUGCAGCCCCUGUCGAAGCGCGCAUACAGGAGAGGAAAACGUUUUCCUUACGUACAUCUUGUUCAAUUUCUGGACAGCUGGUGCAGUCCACCGCGGGUCCACGGGUGACGUUUUCAGUUUGUUUCAUUGUCGAACGGUCUGUUGCACUCUGCAUGCAGACAACGAAAUAA